GGAAAGCCUGCAGCGGAGCACACCAAGGCAAUGUCCAUCAGGGGUGAUCUUCCAAAAAAUGUCAAGAAAACCAAAAGAAUUGUGAACACAAUUUUGAAAUGGAAUAAGUAACGUUUUAUUUUUCAAACCACCGUUUUUUGUAUCGGCUAUGAACCGGCACACCAAUUUAAUCAUACGAUUUUUUUCAGCGUCACCCCCCUCACCCAGUGGACAGUAGGUUUUGCCCGUGCAGCUAGUCAGGUGAUACUUUCCGCUUCGCCAUUUUGUGUUGCUGCGCCGGGUAUUUAUCUGAAGAGUCGUGACUGUCCCGUUUACACUGUUAGUUAGGCGUUCAGACAGUUCUUGUAUUACUCGUUCCUUUGAGACCAAGUCUGUGGCCUUCGUUUGGUUCCCGUGAAGUGCAAUUUUUGCCUCACCAGUAAAAAUUAGUUUUGUAUUUUUACUCUAUUUUUAUACAUUUUUGUGUGAGACAGAAUGUCGAGCGAAAGCCCCGAAUACUCACCGUUCUUCGCAGUGAUGGGUGCCUCUGCGGCAAUGGUGUUUAGCGCCCUGGGAGCUGCCUAUGGCACAGCGAAGAGUGGCACGGGUAUUGCUGCCAUGUCUGUGAUGAGGCCGGAGCUCAUCAUGAAGUCAAUUAUCCCCGUGGUCAUGGCGGGUAUCAUAGCCAUCUACGGCCUGGUAGUAGCAGUGCUGAUUGCCAACAACAUCUCAGAGAGGAUCACCCUUUUCAAGAGUUUCCUCCACCUGGGAGCGGGGCUGAGCGUGGGCCUCAGUGGGCUGGCGGCAGGCUUUGCUAUCGGCAUUGUUGGCGACGCGGGCGUGAGGGGCACAGCUCAGCAGCCCAGGCUUUUUGUGGGCAUGAUCCUUAUCUUGAUUUUUGCUGAGGUCCUGGGUCUCUACGGGCUGAUCGUUGCCCUUAUUCUUUCCACAAAAUAAAAAGAAACCCAAACAUCUCCACUACAAGAUCAGUUCUUUGUGUUGCUGCUGGAGAAAAAGUGUAAAAUGGGGGGUAAAAAUAAGAGAAAUUUCUGCCAUGCAAGAUGAAAGAAGUUAAGGUGGGGGGGAAAAAAUCAUUAAAAUGGCUCCACAAACACGGUCUUAUCUCAAAUGUGUACGGUCGUCCCAGUUUGAUAGUCAACCUGUAAAUGCGCAAUGUAGUGACCUGUCUGUCUUGUAUGUGAGUGUGUGUGCGUGUGUUUAAAAAAUAAUAAAUUGUACGAGUCCUAUUUUUCCCUCCGCUAAUUUGAGGCCAGCUGACAGCUCGGGCUCUGGUCUUAGAGAGCUGACCAAAGGGCCACACAUCUUUUCUUCUCCUCUCAUAUCAAUUUGGGAGUUGAUUAGAGUUUCUGAAUUAAUUUUGAGGAUCUAUUUGUAAAGAAGAAAUGUGUAUGGACUUAAGAUUUUUUUUUUUCCACUGAUUUUAUUUAUAAGAAAUUGUUCUUUGAACUGUUAAAUGCAGCAAAAGUCUAAUUGUGCAGGAUAUUUACAUAUAAAUAUAUACAGACAUAUAAAUAUCUAUAUAGAUAGAUUUAAUGCACUGUGGGUUUCUUGUGAUAAGUGGUUGGAAUUCCUCUGGAUGUAAUUCUUGGUCUGAUUAAGAUUGCCUUUAGUAAGUUGCUGGUGGAGUGGGAGUUUUGUGCGUAGCUGUAUUCUAAACAUUACGCAAACAUUUCCAAACUUCAGUGUUUUUCCCUGUAGUACUGCUGUUUGCAUUAAAGUUGUGUGUGCCCCGUGCCGGGUGUCACAGGUGUAAUUUCCACACUUCAUCUCUCCAUCUUGUUCACUCCCUCCCGUCUCAUCUGUUGCCGUACUUUCUCCUUUCAGCCGUUUAAAUUCCCGCAUGAGGUUCAGUGUGUAUUGCUGUUGGAAAACGAACCUGCAUAGCAGGCUAGUUUCAGAAAAUUUACUCCAGAUUAAGAAGAGCCUUUCAUGUCAAGAAUAAGUAUUGGUUCAAAUUAGGAAAAGGCUUUCUUUGGAGCAGGCAGCAACGGCUGGAUGCAUUUUUAAUCAGGGAAUGGACUAAAUUGGCUCUGGAGUUUGUUUUCUGGAAAUGGACCUUCUGCUGAUGCAUCUUUACUGCAGCUAAAGUCUCCAAUCAUGUAUCAGCUCUGGUAUUGAAGUUAUCCUAAUGUGUCAACUUGAACAUUUUCACAAUUAAAGAAAAUUCCAACUUAAUUCUGACUGACUUCUAAACACAAAAUGCAUUUCCUGCAUACUUCAAUAACCGAAAAAAGAAAACGUGUCUCGCUUUCAUGUUUUAUUCUGCGGCGAGGGCCGGCAGUCGUCACGCCGACAGAGAAAAACCUGCAGAAGCAGCAGUUAAAGCAGGGCUGCACUCAGAGGCUGUUCUCUGAGCAGGUUCUGACACAGCGUGAACACAACUGGUACACUUCUAUUCUCUCUACACAUAAAUCUGUCUGUGGAAAACAAUGAAGAAAUGUGCUGCCGUGAUUGAAGAUAAUCUCAGUCUGUCUCCAGGCUUUUGAGCAGCGUGUGCAAGAUGCUGCUGAUGGCACUGAAGGUUGCGCUGUCAGGAAAUGACUGUGUGAAGUCUUUGCCCUCCUCUAUGCUGGCACUGAGCAGAGGAUCCAAGGGCACACAGCCCAGGAACUCCGAUCCGGUCAGUUUAGCCAGCUCCUCUCCGCCGCCCUUCGAGAAUAUAUUGCUGCAUUCCUAGCAGUGUGGGCACACGAAGCCGCUCAUGUUCUCCACGAUGCCCAGUAUCCGAACACCGGUCCUCUUACAGAAAGUGAUUUCUCUCCUCACGUCCCCCGUCGAGACUGCCUGAGGUGUGGUGACCAAGAUGGCUCCAUCCACUCGAUGUUUUUUUAGGUUUUCCAGCACGGCCAAAUGCUCGUCUGACGUCCCCGGAGGCGUGUCCACCAGCAGCACGUCCAGCUCCCCCCACGCCACGUCUGACACAAACUGCCCGAUUAAAGCUGUUUUCUUGGGCCCCCUCCACACUACUGCGUCGUCCGGGUCGUCCAGUAGAAAACCGAUGGACAUCAGGGCCAGAGUCUUCUGGGCGUCGGUGUAGACCGGGACCCACCCUGAGUCACACUGGUGGACGUCCGGCCGGCCCACGCUCAGCAUGCGGGGGAUACUGGGCCCACACAGGUCCACAUCCAGGACCCCCACCUUCUUGCCGGAGUGCCUCAGAGCCAGAGCCAGCUCAGUGGUGAUGGUGCUCUUCCCCACGCCUCCUUUCCCAGACAGAACCAGCACAACGUGCUUGACCUGGGACAAACUCCCAUCAUUACUUUCAUCCAUUUCAGAUUUGGAACUGCGACUAACACACGCGUAUGUGGACAGCUACUUCCGGGUUGUGACGCUCCAGGUCCCGCCUCUUUGACAACUGAAACCAAUCAGCUGCAGGGACGUGAAUUGGUGCGUUGCUAGAAAUAGGAACGUUUUUCGAGGACAGCAAUCCUCUGAAUGACUAAAAACUGUAUUCUCCUAGAUGUUUGUUUUUUUAAAGAAAUUUUACGUCUCAUAUAAAUUUUUAUCUGUUUAAUGUUUUAACGUCACAGCAACUCCCGUCAUACGUAACCAAGCGUAUUAACGCCAACUCCUCCUUUCGAGCAGCAUCCAAUGGGAGCUCGUUGUGAGCGUGACGUAGUUGUGUUUACUUCUAUCCUGUUUAGAAGUGGGACAGAGUGGAAACUGGAGCCGUCACACAGGCUGGCUGAGCGGCAUGCUGGCGGUCAGAUGAGCCAUUGCAAGACAGUGUACAGGAAGACCACUGCAAGAGUUGCCAUGCUGAGAAGAAGCAGGAGCGGCCGAGCUCGACAUUUGGCCUACAUUGAAACACGGCAGGAAGCAGAUGUCAUGGCCUCGGUCCAGACGUCUGACAAAGAAGAGCAGGAGAGACAAACGGCGACACAGAUCAGCAGCUUGGAGUCGGAGGUGGACUACCUGACAGGAUCCCACACCGCAGCGGUGGCCUUGUCCACCAUAGCUCCAGUCAUGGGGGAGUCUUUCUGUCAAUGCGAGCAGCAGGAGGAGCUCAGCCCAGGUUUCCGUGCCACCAGCGACUGUCUCUGCGGGGAGGAGGAGCAGGUCUUUGACUGGGCGUGGGAUGAGCAGUGUAAAUCAUCCGGAUCCUUCCUCAGCUGCGACAACAGGAAGGUGACCUUUCACUCGGAUUACAGCUGUGGCACGGCGGCCAUUCGCGGCAAUAAGGAACUUUCAGAGGGCCAACACUACUGGGAAGUGAAGAUGACUUCUCCUGUUUAUGGCACAGAUAUGAUGGUGGGGAUUGGUACUUCAGAGGUGAACCUGGACAAGUUCAAAUACAGCUUUGGCAGCCUGCUGGGCAAUGAUGAGGACAGCUGGGGGCUCUCCUACACAGGUCUGCUCCAGCACAAAGGAGACAAGGUGAAGUUCUCCUCUCGUUUCGGGGAAGGCUCUAUCAUAGGCGUGCACCUGGACACGUGGCACGGCACCCUGACCUUCUACAAGAAUCGCCAACGCAUCGGCGUGGCUGCCACCCGGCUGCAGAACAAGAAGCUCUACCCCAUGGUGUGCUCCACGGCGGCCAAGAGCAGCAUGAAGGUGAUCCGCGCCUGCUACGCGCCCACCUCCCUCACCUACCUCUGCUGCGCCCAGCUGCGCCGCAUGCUGCCCUCCUGCUGCCCGGACGUGGUGGAGGCCCUGCAGCUGCCCCCCGGCCUGCGGCCCCUGCUGCAGACGCGGCUGGGCUGGGUCUUCUCCCUCAGCAAUAGCAGCAGUAGCGGCGGCGUUAGCCCCGAGCCCCCGGAGCAGGAGCAGGAGCAGGACC